UUCUUAACGGCUCCUUCUUCUACCUAAAGCACGAGUUUUCUCUCUCUUUUAUAUCGAUUCCAUUUCAGAAUCCUUACAAAGUUUGGCCAUACACGCACACACACAGUUGAAUUCAUUUCGUCAAAUAAAACAAUUAUGUCGUUAGCUUCAGAUCCUUCAAAAGACUCUAGAUCCACUUAUUGUCGUAAACAGAAGUCUCUCGGUCUCCUAUGUUCCAAUUUUUUGAGCUUAUACAAUCGGGAAGGUAUUGAAAUUUUGUUAAUUGUAAGGUUCUAUUUUCUUAAAUCUUAUAGUUCUAGUUUUUUGUUAAUUCAGGUUCUUGCAAGGAAGGCUAAGAAUAGGUAUUCAUGGAAAGGGUUCGGAGCAAUUCCUUGGACAUUGCAACAAUUGAAGGAAGAGGGUCUAAAAGAGAAUGUCAGUGGAUUUGAUGGAUCUAGCUCUGCCAAGGGUUCAGAUGAUGAUGAUGAUGAUUCAGAUUCCAAACCAAUUGUUUCGAGUCACACAGAGACACUAAACCCCAGUUCCAACUUUGCAGCAGCGUCCAAAUCUGACAAUAGAAGAGAAAAAUCAUUGGGACUACUUACACAGAAUUUUGUCAAGCUCUUCCUCUGCACCGAUGUUGAUAUGAUUUGUCUUGAUGAGGCAGCAAAAAUACUGUUAGGAGAUGGGAGACCUCCUGCGAUGACAAGAACCAAGGUUAGGAGGCUAUACGAUAUUGCAAAUGUAUUGUCUUCUAUGAAGUUUAUUGAGAAGACCCAUCACCCAGAGACAAGGAAACCUGCUUUUAGAUGGUUGGGGAUGAGAGAAAGAUCAGAUGACAAAUCAGUUGAUACUCUUGGUGCUACUGAGUCCAAGAAGAGGGUAUUUGGGACUGAGCUUACAAAUACAACUAUCAAGAGGAGCAGAGUAGCACUACCUAUGGAUGGUAUUUCAGAUGAAGCAACUAGGAAACAAUUGCUAACUGAAGUCAAAUGUGAAAACCUGGAAAAUGAGAUUCACUGUCCUAAACAGGAACCUGGUUUAACAGCAAGCAAAAAGAGUUACCACUUUGGUCCUUUUGCUCCUCCAAGCCUGGCCCAGGCUGAAGCGUCUGAUGCUGACAGGAUGAAACGGGUUCAUGACUGGGAAAGUCUAGCCUCCACUUACCGUCCUCAGUAUCACAACCAAGCACUGAAAGAUCUUUUUGCUCAUUACGUGGAAGCAUGGAAAUCAUGGUACUUGGAAGUUGCUGGGAAGAACCCAAUUCAGCUGAUUUCUUGAUGUGCUCUUUCUAGAUAAGAAUAGAAUUUCGAAGAUAAAACUGCCUUCACAUACGAGAGAUGGUCUGACGUUGAAUGCACAUUCUCGUUGCAUCAACUUUCAAUGAAAAAAUAGUUGCAUUAUUCAGUACUCUGUUGGCUUAUUGGCAGAUUAUUGAGUUCAAAUGUAGACCAACACUAAUUGAAUGUACAUUUUUUGGUACUUGUUCAGUUAAUAUGAUUCUUUGAAAGUCUUGAAAGGAGGGUUCAAAUGCUUUUUGCUCAGUGUAUGUACUGUGAUGCUGCCAACAUAACUCCUUCUGCCCCCAAGUAUCUCAAACCAACCGACUUGUAUGCUUGAUGAGCUCCAGCAACUUAUCUUUUGGGAGGAUAUACCUGUACUUAGACCUUUGAAUCUAUAAGCUAUUCGUGUGCUUC